GUCUAUUUUUAAAUAAUUCAGAUUAUUCUAGCAGUUUUUGCCUCAUUUCAGGUGGUAUCUAAUUAUUAUAACAAUUCUAGGAAGACAAAUAAAUGCGUUGUUUAUUAAUUUAUUUCUUGCACUGUAUAAAUUUCCAAUUCGUCUUUUUUUUUUCAACCGAACAUCGGACAAACAACAACAACUUUCCUCUACUAGAUUCAUCAAAAGCAACAUUUUAAAGAAAGAAAGUAUUCAGAAUAAUUUGUAUAAUUGUAUACAACAGCAUUUUAAACAUUCACUUAUUACUAAAAUAAUGAGACAUUGUUUAAAGAAGGUCGUGGAUUUUCAGAUGUACAAAAUUCUCGUUGUGUUCUGUUGCGUGUAUUUGAUGGUCGUGGAUGCCUCACCCUAUUACAAAAUGGACAAACGGAAGCAACUUUGCGGCGAAAAAUUGGGGAAGGCACUCAGUCUCAUUUGCGAAGGAAUGUACUACAAUCCCAAAGCGAAAAAAAACUAUAUAGACGAUUUGUUGAAUCCAGAAUAUAAUGAUGGGGUCGAGGACAUGAUGGGCUGGGAAAUGUCUUAUCCGUUCCUGACCGAAGAAUCGGCAAGGAACUUCGUCCCGAUAAAAGGCAGACGUGGAAUUGUGGACGAAUGCUGCUACAAAUCUUGCAGCACGGAACACCUCAAACUAUACUGCGCUGCUUGAUAUUUUUUGUUUUAUAGAAUUUUAACGUUAUCAUGAAUUUUGCCAUAAUAAAAUGA